AUGGAAAAGGCAUAUAAACCCGUUCAUUUUCUCCUUAGGAUCUGCCUGGUCCAUUGCUCCCGAUUGUUGAGACCAAAAAUUCCCUUGGAAAUUGCCCAAGUUCUCCUAUUUUCCUCUUCAGCCAUCAUGUGUGACACCUGGACACCCCCAAGUGAAGGAACCCCAUGCUGGGUUGAAAUCUUCGCCACCGACCUGGCUCGUGCUGAGAAGUUCUACUCAACCGUGUUCAACUGGCAGUUCAGCAAGGAUGGCCCUGGUCGCACUGAAGACGUCGCAAUGUUCUCAUUCCCCGAGAAGGGGCUCAAGGGUCUGGGUGGUAACAUCUCCAAGAUCAAGCCUGGAGAGCAUACCACCGGCCCGAAAACCGUCAAGUUGUACCUCUAUGUAGAGGACCUCGAGAAGACGAUGGAGAAAAUCGUUGCAAACGGGGGGAAGAAGUGCAGUGAUGUUCUUCCAGAAGGGAAUCAUGGCCAAGUCAUGCAUCUUCAGGACUCGGAGGGGAAUGGCAUAGGCAUCUAUGCAACCAAGAAGCAGUAG